CCCGCCGCCGCCCCGCGCACCGGCCCCGCCAUGGGAGACGCCGGCAGCGAGCGCAGCAAGGCGCCCAGCCUGCCACCGCGCUGCCCCUGCGGCUUCUGGGGUGUCAUCAAUAUGAACCAUCUGAACUCUGCCUUUCUUUUUCUUUGCUGCCCCUGGGGUUUAAUGGCUUUGCAGAGAAGCUCCUGCCUGGCAUAUUGAGCUGCUCCAGAAGGUCUAACCCAUAAGCAGUCCAGCAAGACUAUGAAUCUCUGUUCCAAAUGCUUUGCUGAAAAAAGAAAUCCACACAACGAAAAAGAUUUCCAGAAGAAGCAGCCAGACGAUGACUCUACUCCCAGCACAAGCAACAGCCAGUCAGAUUUGUACCCUGGAGAAACGAACAGUGACAACAGCAAUACCUCUCUAACCACGCAGGCCGCUAACUCCAACCAGCAACUUUUGACAGAACUGAAUGUAACUUCACCGAGCAAAGAGGAAUGUGGGCCAUGCACAAGUACAGCUCAUGCCUCGUUAACCACACCAACCAAAAGAUCUUGCGACUCAGAUUCACAGUCGGAGAGUGAGGCUUCUCCUGUGAAACGGCCACGGCUACUGGAUGACAGUAAUGACAGGCCUGAAGAAACCAGUCGAUCCAAACAGAAGAGUAGACGCCGAUGCUUCCAGUGCCAAACAAAACUGGAGCUAGUACAGCAGGAACUGGGAUCAUGUCGCUGUGGUUACGUGUUCUGUAUGUUACAUCGCCUGCCUGAACAACAUGACUGCACAUUUGACCACAUGGGACGUGGGCGUGAGGAAGCCAUUAUGAAAAUGGUGAAACUGGAUCGGAAAGUAGGGAGAUCUUGCCAACGCAUUGGCGAAGGAUGUUCCUGAGUGCAAGACUGCAACCAAAUGCUGUUCUCUUAGUUCACUAAUGUUAGCCUUAUUUAGGACAAAGUCAGCCAGACACCUUGUACUAGGCAAGUUUCAGACUACAGCCAAUCAGUUUCCUUUCUUUAGCCAACCGUCCUGGUACUGUAGUUUAGGGGUUGAUGGUGGUUGAAAUUGAUUUCUGGCUGGUUACUAAGGUGCCUGCUAGCCACCGUAUAAAAAUAAAACAUGAAGAAAUAUUAUUUUUGAGCAUGGCUAGUGGAUUUAAACAAAACAAGAAAAAUCCAAAGGCUUCUGUUAUUGCUGGAGUCACUCUAAAAGCCUUACGCUGGAAACAUUCCAGCUGCAGAGUUAAAACAAAUAGUCGUAUAGAAGCUGGUGUAAAAGUUUGCUAUGCACAUGGCUUUCAGACAAACUGUUUAAUGUGCAGCCUUUCACCUCUUCACUGCUAGUGAAUCCUGAGGAGGUGAAAUACUACUAAGAGCAGCAACUGCAGCUGCUUAAGCCCAGAAGACCUGACUGGUCACUCGUGCCUUCAUCGCGUGUGGCUUUUGAGUUAGGCAGUGUCACCAGCAUCAGGGAUUCUGUUGGGGUAGGAACAUCUUUCUGGUUCUUCCCAGGAAGCCAAAAAGAAAGGGGGACAGAGAUUCUUAUGAAAAAUUUUUAUAUCUAUCUUACUAUAAAGAACCUAUCAGGGUUUUUUGUUGUUUUUUUUUCUUUCUUCUCAGUUAAAUUAUGAUCUCACUUUAAAGCCAACUCCAUCCCAGAGCAGUAAAUGGUGCAUACUUUUUACAUGGCAUCCACAGAGAUUCUACGAGUUGUGUGAACAGGUUCCACGUACCUUGAGCAGUGCAGCCAUUCCCACCGGCCGAAACCUGAUUGGCUCUUGUUUGCCUUUUGCUAAGUGCAGGUAUCUGAUAAUUGAUCAAAUAAGGCUAAUUCACAGCACAGUAGCCAUGGCUGGAUUCUACAGACUGACUUUCUGUAGCUAGACUUAUAUAUUGGGGAAAAAAAAAAAGGACAUUUUGUAGCAAACGGAAUUCAGUAACAGUAUUGGGGAACAACCGGUAAAACACCCUUUAUCAGAUUGAGUUUGUGUUCCUCGCUUCCAGAGUGUCAAUGAGAUAAUCAAACGGGCUAUAUCAGCCCUCUUUCUAUGCAGCUGAACGCUCUCAUGAAAAUCUCUGCCCGCAUCUAUUGCAAAGCAAGUAUAGCAAGUGAAUGUGAAAAGCAUUACAUGAGUAGAAUGUUUUGGAUCUGUUUAGACCUAUGGUUCUGUAUUACAGUAUGUCACGUUGAGCUGAGCUGAACUGAAUUGCACCAGUCUUGUCAGUUUGGAAACAUAAAAAAGCAAACAGAAUAAUCAGCACGUCUCCUGCUGCACACAGGGUUUACGCAGGUAAAAAGGAUUAGUACCAAUGUGGCCCAGUUUAAUCCUGAACGAAUUUAGCUUCUCAGUCUAUUUGUAAGGCAUUAACAAUCAGGUAAAUUUGUAAGAAAACCUGAGGGAGGGAAGAUUUUGUCUCCUCUUCAAAUACUGGGCAGAUAUAAAACAUCAGAGGGGUGAAGUAAUGUGUCACUUGAAAAACGCCAGCGUUUGGGGAGUAAGUUUGUAUGAGUCAUCCUGCAUUCUACUUGUUACAGGUAACUAACUCCUUAUAGGCCAAAUUAUAUUGUUACUUUGGUAGCCAGCUAGGAGCAUUUAGCAAGGAGACAACUAAUUUUUUAAAAAAAAAAGACGACAUAUAUGUCUCUACACACACACACGCAGCAUCUGACUGUAUUAGCAUUAAUUAACCAUGAAGCAAAUCAGAAGUGUCCCGUCAUUAUAAAAUGCAAGCUAUCCGAAAGGCAAGCUGUUUUUUUUUUAUUAUUGUGGUUAUUCAAGAAUAUGAAACCAGCAGCAAAAUCUUCUGUAAUGUGCUACAUUUUCAGGAAAUGGUCCUGGUGAGAGGGACUGUCCAAGGAUAUUAUUUACAUUUGCCGUGAGGAGUUUAAAAAAAACACGGAUUUUGGCGGCUGCUGUGAUACGCACUUUCUUUUCCUACAAAGUAGCUUUUGAUGGGCAUUCUGAUUGAUACACAAGACUUUUCUGCAUUAAUACUGAAGAUGCUAUUUUGUUCCUCCUUAAUAUUCUCUUUAAUCUCAUUACAAGUGCACAGACGGUUUCAAGGCGGCUCUUGAGAGAACACUACUUAAAGUUCAUGUGAAUUAUGGACAAUGUUCACUUUAAACAAAAAAGUUGGGGAGGGGGUUGUUCCUUUGCAGUAUCUGUUCUGUGAAGUUUGUUAAACGUAAAGAAAGCUUAAGUUCUUGUAUCUUAAAAGAAGAUCUUAUUUAACCCUUUUGUGUUCUAGAUUUACUUACACAUGUAGCCUAGAGCUCAGUUUUAGUUUAACAUUGUGAAAAUAUUAAAAGAAUCUUGUAACUUUAUUCUUUUUCCUCCUGCUAAAAAAGAAUUAAACCAAUCAGAUUAAAGUUUGAAUUCCUUUCUGCCUAUUCCAACAAGUCUUGCUAUUUUGCACCAUUUCUACUGCAAGUUCAUAUAAGAAAUAUGAAUGGGGAAAAUGCCAACAUUAGUCAGUAACUUCAAGUUGAAUUUACAAUAGGUGAAAUGUGGGACUAUUUUCCGCCAGUUUGGAAGGGGAGGAUAAUAUUUCUGCUGGGUUCAAGUUUAGUGAUUUAUUUUGUAAGCAAAUCUGGCUAAAUCUAGUAUAGCCUGAGUAUUGGUCAAUUUAAUUUUGAGGUUAGAUAUAGUAAGCAAAUGAACAAGUUGUUCAUACUCUUAAGUCAAAUGCACACUGUGCACUGUAUCAUUGGCAUCAAAGUUUUAAAAAAUCUUAAAUGUUCUUUCAUGCAUUUUGUCAACUUCUGCACCUAGAGUAGCUGUAUUCCAAGUCAUGAUGGGCUGUGUUCAUAAUGGAUAAGUAGAGGAAUAACUAUUGUUUCUUAAUCAUUUAGAUGGUAGAAACAUAAGGCUAAUUAAAAAACAAUGAACUGUAUUAGAGGGAGAGAGAAUAUCAAGGUAAUUAUUUAAAAACAAUUUUGAAAUUUGUUUGGAAUUGAAAUUGUGCCUGAUUCAUGGGACAUGUAUACCCAUUUUUUUUUCUUCAAAUUCAUAUGGUACUUUCAAUUAUAAAACUGUGCGUGAUUCUUGAACAAGAUGGCUGUGUUAUAGUAAAGGUAAGUUACAUAAAACAGCUCUGCCUUUUCAUCAAGUUUCAAACCUAUAGCUGGGUGCCAAGGCUUCAAGGAAAAAUAGGAAUUGCCCAUGACGGCUGCUAUGGCAGAGCCUGUCCUUAAUUGCACUGGUUUCUGUUUUGAAGCAGUUUAGUGUCUUGAAUGAGAAGCAAUGUAACUGUAAAACAAGGUACCUGAGAACGAGUCCUGGCGCAAUUAUAGCGGUCCAAAAGGUAAUAUUUACUGCUUUUAUCUACUCCAUGGAAGGUGACAAAUACAUUCAAAACUUGAAUUUUGCGUGACUUUCUUGUUUUGGACAAACUGUAAUCCCCUGGCCUCUUGAACACAAUGUCCUGUUUAUAUUUAAUUUCUCAUUACUCGUUGUGGUGUUCAGUUCUUUCUACAAUUGUAGCAGUUCCUUCUGUGACUGUGCUACAAUUUAGAUAUAAAUCUCUAAGGGAUAAAAGCACUUUUUUUUGAUCUUACAAUGACCAUUUCAGUACAAAGACUCAACAGGGAAGAAAACUGAUACUAAUGGUGUCAUAAAAAUGCAGGUCUUAAAAUAGACUCCAAGAAAUGCAUCAGUGGAAUAACUGACAGCACCUAUGCUUACAGCUGAAGCAUACACAGCUAAGUGCCCAAACAAAUGAAUUAACAUUCUCUUUGUUGUAGUGUAGUUACUGAAAUUGUCAGUCAUCAGUGGAACAGUGAAGAGAAGGUCUAAUCAAAGUAAUCCCUUAAUGUCACGAUGAGAUUGUAGCCAAUUCACGCUGGAGAUAAUUUUGUAUGCUCCUGGGAACUUUUAUACCUACACAACAAAUGGAAACAUUUAAGACAACGCUGCUUAAAAUGAACUGUAUUAAUUGGCACCAGAUCUUAAUUUCCUCAUUCAAAUACCUGAUUAGAAUUCUGCACACAGGACAAAAAUAAAUAGAAGCAGAUUCAACUCAAAAGCUGCUGUGGCAGGAGCUGCUGUGUAAGAAUACAGUUCUAGUGUAACCGGUUCACAAUCUUAAGCUUAGCUGAGACUGUGUCUGUGCACACUUUGCUACAGAAAGGACCACACUGGAAAAACUCUUCAAAAUACUUUUACAUGGCGAAUACGUUUUACAUGGCGAACCUGUGCAAUAGUGGGCUUUAUCUCUCACUAUUAGCAGCUUUUCCAGAAGAACAUGCGUUAAUGCUGCUGGGAAGAGCCACUCUUAAAUGACAGUUCUCGAAGACAUCAGUGAGAAGGACAUACUUUUCUUUCUCUUCCUGGUCUUCAUUCUUUUUUCCUUUUUGUUGAGGCAGUCAGCAUGCGCAGCUGGACAUUUGAAAGUAGUUCUGCUCUUUUUGGCUUUUCAGUACUCACCACAGGAAAAAAAGCAUCAACUUUUUUUUUUUUUCUUGCAAGCCCCUGCACAUUAGUUCAAGCAGAUUAAAAUAUGGACGUUGGGCUAUAGAAUUGAUAACCUCCUCCUGUAUUUUACUACAGUGAUAGGUUAUUUCUUCAAUUAACUGAAUGCGGACGUGAUUUACUUGUUCUGGAUGUUGGGCUAUGGGUGUUUUGAACUUCAAUUCCAUGAUACUGUUCACAUACACCUUCCUGUGAACUCUGCAUGCCCCAUCUUCCAAUCUGAAGUUGAGUCGGGAGGAAAGAAGGCCUGAAAGCAGGAGGCAGAGGAUGCAAAAUGACAAGUGCUUAGAGAUCACAUCCACCUUCCCCUUCAAGUCAGCUCAGAGCAUAAAAUGGUGAAGAGGCAAAGAAUUACUUGCCAAAUAGCACCAACUUUCUUGACUUGGUACUACAGAAAACUGUUUUGCUUUAUCUUUGUGAAUAUACCUGUGUAGAGUUUGUCUGAGUCAAUUCUGCAACAUACGUUAUAUGCAAAGAAAUGAAACAGGACUGUCAGAAAACAUUUUUGAUGGAUUAUUUAGUAAUAACUACAUAUUUUGCUACAGGACCUUCCUAUUUUGCAGUAUGCUGCUAUUUUCUGUGGAAGAAAAACAAGCAGAACUUUAUAAGACUAACUGUAAAGUAUUUCAAAUUCAAUACAUGCAUCUGAAGCAUUAGGAAGAGAUUACUGAAAUUAUAUAUAGUUUUUAAAGAUGAUGACUGCAUCCUCUAACAAAAGGGUUUUGUUCUUCUAGUGGCGUUAAUGGCGAUGGUUUAACCAUAAGCAGAAUGUUCCUUUCUGCUAGGUUUGUGCAAAGCUAGUUACGGUGCAGUGACUGUGUAAGUGAUGAGAAUAAAAUUAUAGAGACCUACUCUUGUCUGUCGGCUCUCCCUUCACGCAAAAGGACAGGAGAUGGUACCCACUAUUUCCUCAUUGCGUAGGCCUGUUUGUUCUUUUGUGAGUUACAGACGACACUUUCCUGCCCUGUACCAAAUGUGCUCGGGGGGAUAGGAAACCACAUUCUAACUAGAGUUCUAAAGGCUUCAGGGUUUUUAAAGGAGGAAAAAAAAAAAAAAAAGUUGACAUCUCUGAAAGCAAAGUUUUGAAGUCAUCCUCUGUAUCAGAGAUGCAACACCAGAAGGAGCUCUCUUUAAGGUUCUCAGCACAUUCGAAAACGUUGGGGUGUUUUUCUCCUCUUAAACUGUUCAGGAUCUCUUUGAGGCAAAGUAGCAAUCCCUAAUGCCGUGCCUGUUUGGUGUUUGGGUUUUUUUGUAUCAUCUUUUGAAAGGAAGGCCUGCAUGAUCAGCACUUCUGCAUUAAGAAACCUAAAUGAAAGGUUCACUAUUAACUCCUGAAAUGCUCUGUAUCAUCUCUCUAGUUUUCAAAGGAGCAAAGAAAUGUAAGCCUCUUAGAGGAGGGAGAAGAGACUCUGAGCCCUCUACUUGAGAAAUUCAGAGUUCAUUCUUCUUUCUCGCAAUAGUUUGUCUUUUUUUUUUUUUUCUUCUUCUGCAGAAUUGAAAGUAUACUACAUUUGCUUUAGAUUCCUGAAAGCUUUAACUGGACCAGUUUAUGGAGACAUCUUUUAACAUACUACAUUUAGCAGCAGCAUGAGGAAGAUUAUGAGCUCCGACAAUGUUAAAAUUUCAGUUAAACACUGAUGGCUAGUACAACUGUUUUUGUCUGCACUAGAGUUUUAAAAAGAGGGCUAGCAAAAAAUGUUUUAACUGAUCCACCUGUAUCACCUUUGCAUGAAUCCUGCCCCUUUGGAUAGUCUGUCACAUGCACAGCAGCCAGAGGCAUUACCUUUAUGCUGUCUGCAUGCAGCCAUCCCCCUUCGUUACCCCCCAUGUUUAUAUAGAUUAAAAUACUCUUCAUCAGGUAAGCAGCAGUUACAAAUUCUAUAGCUAUCUUCAAGUCACACUGCACACCCAGUGUUUUCUCUUUCUGUUUUUGACUGUUUGGUCUCAGGUCUUGUCAAAAAUAAUAGUUCCAAAUGGAUCUUUCCAUAUACGGACACAUACAUACACACAAAUCUCCUGGGACAUCACAUGGCUGAAGCAGAACUACACUUCUCAGCUAAAAACAGCUUUCACUUUCUGCACACCCACACACAUAUAAUCAGUCCUUGUCUGGCUUGUCUUCUGGGGAAGUAUAGCCUGUCAUAAUAUCUCAAUUUGCCUAUUUAAUACUAGCUGUAGUUUAAUCGUUAUCAACACAGUUACUCCUGGGGAGAUACCGAUUGGACAGAAGAAAAUUUUUCAGAACGAGAACAAUCAGCCAUUUGAAUAAUCUCCCCAGGGAAGUGGUGAAUUCCCCACCAUCUGACACUUUUAAGAUUCAGAUGGACAGGGUGCUGGGCCACCUUGCCUGGACCACGCUUGUGUCAAGAAAGGUUGGACGACACGAUCCUUGUGGUCCCUUCCAACCUGGUAUUCUAUGAAUUACCACAGACUUAGUCUCGGAUGCACCAUUAUGCUCAUUUCCAAUGCCAUUAAUAAUACUUCCCCCCAACAUCUGAGAAGUUUGAGUAAAUGCUAACAACUAGGUCACAGAUAUUUGUGUCUCAUGCUGUUCCUAGGGGCAUGGGACUCUGUGAAAGGGUGGAUGAAGGGUGCGUGUGUGUAGGUGUAGGAUCAGCUAGGUGCUGCUAACCGUAUUACAGCUUAAUAGCAAUACUUUGAGGCAGCAACUCCUGCUGAAUUAGCGAGAGCAGGGAAAUACGUGCUAUUUGAAACUUACCCAAUACCUCUGUCAGCCUCUGUUCUAUCCCUCGUGCAGGCCUUCAUUUCUCUACUCGUGACUUCACUGCUGUAAUUUCCAUAGGCUUUCUCAGUCACCCCUUUUGCAGAAUCUCCCUCGUCAACUACAAUACCCCCCCACGCCAGUGCCAUGCUCAAAGACAGAGUCUAUGCGAAGACAACGUAACAGUAGAGAUAAGCACAUAAGGCACUGAGGUUUGUAUUGCCAGUAGCUGUUUCCUUCUGUAAUGAAAACAUUAUUUUUAAGUGUUAAAUGACUGCUGCUAUUUAGUAUAUGAAAUUCCUAGAGCUGUCUUAAUGCACUGUAGCAAAUACCAUUAAGGCUGAGUUGUACUUCCAAUUUGAACUCCUUCUUCAUUGCUCUUAACUUUCUCUGUGGCCUUUCUCAAUACAAGGAACCUUAAGGCUAGCUUGAUACUAAAGCCACUAGAGAUAUGAAAGCAGCGUUUAAUAGUACCUUUACAGGUACCGAAACCCCAUCCAGACCAAGAAUAAAAAAUGUUGUCUUUGUUCUGCCUUUAAAUCUUUCUUUCUAUUGUUAACCCAAUGCUGUUAUUCUGUGGAUAAAAUAGUUAUCGCUCAUUUGCCAAGUAAUGCUAAAUGUUUACCAAUCACACGAAUUAUUUAAAAUUAUUAGCAUGUGGUUGAUACUAUGGGUUGGUUUGUUUUCUUUACGUCAAGCUUCACGACGACAAUUCUCAACCAUCGCAACUACUGCAACAGACAGCUUUGAUUGACGUAGAAGCCAUGGGUCAAGUACACCCAAGUCAAACUCCUUACAUAAAUCAGAACCAGUUCCUCGCCUUUGUUGUUCUCAGUCUGGAUAAUAAAGGGAAAGCCAGUUAUGCUGCCUCAGCUGCAGGCAUGUGCAAGUUGUCCACUGGCUCAGCACUGUUAUCCCAAGCCCUGAAAGAUCUCAGGAUUCACAGAUCCUAUCAUCCAUGAGUCCCUGAGGGCAAUUCAGUUGUACAUUGUACCGGCUUUUUCUAAUCACGUUUGUUGUGUGAGACAAUAAAAUUGUUUAUAA